ACCAAAUCAAGUGUAGAAUAUUGUACAAUCACGUUCAACCCUGAACCCUUUUGUUGGAAAUCCGAGUCAGGGCGUUUGAAGCUCCCCUGUAUGAACCGGGGCAGUGCGCAUAUUGAGUGAAGACUACUUCUACCUACUCAUUCUACUCUAGUCACUUUGAUUUGCUCCUGUUGGGAAUUAGCGCUUCAAAUGAUAUGUCCGAAGGUGAGAAACAGAUUCGCCCCUCCGAGCAUGCGAAGAGAAGAUCAACCGAUGGAAGCCCGAGAAAAGAUCAAGUCUAUGCCUAUGCAUACCGACCAACAGAUGGAAGUAGAUGAAAAAGACAAUGCUGAUCCAUGGAACGCAGCUGCAGUUCCUAAAGGGUAUGGACAGAAUGUGCUUCAACUUCUACUUGAAGCAACAUAGAUCAGAAAAGCUUGCUCAGCCGAAUUCAAUAGAGGAGACUCUCCUUGGCUCACCAGAAAUCUGAAGUCUCCAAAUCUCAAGUGUCGUGUUUGCAAGAUUUGGCUGUAGCCCAAAGGGCCUGUAGCCUGAUCGAAGCGGAGCGUCCUACGCAAGAGGACAUGAGUUACAGUAAGGGAGUUCUGAUCUACAACUUCAAUGAGGACCGCUUUGGAGAAGAUCUUCAGCAUGGUCAAAGGAUCGUGGGAGGACCAAAAAUGAGUGUCUCUCACACUGUCCACAACUGGAAGACACCUGCUACAGAGAAGGCUGAGAUUCCUGCCUCCGGGCUUGAGAGGCACGUCCUUUUUGGACACACAGGCGACAUGAGAGAUCCACACACGAACUUGCAGAAAUCCGAGUUCACCACUGCCAGUCAGUACUUUCUUCAGGACCCGGCGACAAUACCUGGCGUUGGUACUCUUACCGCAGAUGGCUACACUGCAGAUGGUCUCACUGUUGGAGCACAAGCUGGAGCAGCUGGAAACAUGCCUAACCAUUUUGUCGCCAAAAUGAGGGCUGGUUGGGGCGACAUGCGGCAAUCUCACGCACUUCCACCGAACGAGCGCUUUCUGUCAGAGACGAAAAAGGCUUUCGCUACCCAGCCAGGGUCACAUGAUCGGCCCGCACGUGUUUCAGAGCCCCCGUGCUCUCGCUGCCAUCCUCAUUCUUGGAGCAGAAGAUCGAAGGCGGCCCGGCACCCUUUGAUCGUGUUCCUAGGCACUACGAAGAGUUCACGCGCCAUUACGACGCGGUGAAGGUGACAAGGAGCUCUGGUCUUUAUCGUGGAGGCAAUUUACGAAGUGCAGCAUCAUUGAUGGUGCAAUGAGAGUUCAGCAAGACACUGUAUUUGACUCCAGGCUGAUUUCUGUAUGACCACACAAACUCGAACAAAAAAGCAGCUUCAAUAAUGGGAGUCUUCAUGGU